GGAACGCUUAUCCAGCGACGCAGCAUCCAUCACAAGCGAUGAAGGUUUCCUACCGAUGUAAUACACCUUCUUGAAAUCACGAAGUUUCGAAAGACCGUCUUUAUAAUGUAUGGUUUUGUGAAUCACGCCUUGGAGCUCCUCGUUUUAAGAAAUUAUGGCCCAGAGGUAUGGGAGGACAUCAAGAGGGAGGCCCAGCUUGAUGUUGAAGGCCAGUUCCUAGUAAGGAUCAUAUAUGAUGAUGCCAAAACGUAUGACCUUGUCGCUGCUGCAAGUAAAGUUCUCAAAACCAAUGCAGGCGACAUUUUGCAGAUGUUUGGGAAGAUGUUUUUUGAAUUUUGCCAAGAAUCAGGAUAUGAUACCAUCCUGCGGGUUUUGGGGUCUAAUGUCCGUGAAUUCCUACAAAAUCUGGAUGCAUUACAUGACCACUUGGGGUACCAUUUAUCUGGGAUGAGGGCUCCCUCAUUCCGUUGCACGGAUGCAGAGAAAGGGAACAAUCUGAUCCUUCACUACUAUUCAGAGAGGGAAGGCCUCCAAGACAUUGUGAUUGGCAUUAUUAAGACUGUUGCACAACAAAUACAUGGAACAGAGAUAGAGAUGAAGGUGAUCCAACAAAAAAGUGAGGAGUGUGAUCACAUCAAAUUUCUAAUUGAGGAGAAGGACUCGGAGGAGGAGGCGUUCUAUGAGGAUCUGGACGGCUUUGAGGAGAAUGGCACACAGGAGACCAGGAUCAGCCCGUACACCUUUUGCAAGGCGUUCCCAUUUCACCUCAUGUUUGAUAAGGAUUUGAUGCUCACACAGUGUGGAAGCAUCUAUCGCGUGCUGCCCCAGCUUCAACCUGGCACCUGUAACCUCUCUUCGGUUUUCUCCUUGGUCCGUCCUCACAUCGACUUCAGCUUCCAUGGCAUCCUCUCGCACAUCAACACAGUCUUUGUUCUACGAAGCAAGGAGGGUCUGCUGAAUGUUGAGACUGUAGAGAACGAAGAUGAGCUGACUGGGGUGGAGAUCAGCUGUCUGAGGUUGAAAGGACAAAUGAUAUACUUGCCAGAGGCUGAGAACAUCCUUUUUUUGUGCUCACCCAGCGUAAUGAACCUGGAUGAUCUGACACGAAGAGGCCUGUACCUAAGUGACAUACCAUUACAUGAUGCCACGCGUGACCUGGUACUGCUUGGCGAACAGUUUCGUGAGGAGUACAAGCUGACCCAAGAGCUGGAAAUCUUGACUGAUCGUCUACAGCACACACUGCGCGCCCUGGAGGACGAGAAGAAGAAGACAGACAGAUUGCUGUAUUCUGUCUUGCCCCCAUCCGUAGCCAAUGAAUUGCGACACAAACGGCCAGUCCCAGCGAAACGCUACGAUAAUGUGACCAUCCUCUUUAGUGGAAUUGUGGGAUUCAAUGCCUUCUGCAGCAAGCAUGCCUCAGCUGAGGGAGCCAUCAAGAUAGUCAAUUUGCUCAAUGAUGUUUACACACGAUUUGACAUCCUGACAGACUCACGGAAGAACCCUUACGUGUACAAGGUCGAAACAGUGGGUGAUAAGUACAUGACUGUGAGUGGCCUCCCAGAGCCAUGCACACAUCACGCCCAGUCAAUCUGCCACCUCGCUCUUGAUAUGAUGGAGAUUGCCGGGCAGGUCAAAGUUGAUGAUGAGCCCGUACAGAUUACCUUAGGGAUUCACACAGGAGAAGUGGUGACAGGGGUAAUUGGCCAACGGAUGCCCCGUUAUUGCCUUUUUGGAAAUACGGUCAACCUCACAAGUCGUACAGAGACUACUGGUGAAAAGGGGAAAAUAAAUGUCUCAGAAUAUACUUACCGGUGUUUGCAGUCUGCUGAGAAUGCUGACCCUCAAUUUCAUUUGGCGUACCGAGGACCUGUCACCAUGAAGGGGAAGAAGGAACCGAUGAAGGUGUGGUUUUUAUCAAGAAAAACCACUGACCCAGAGAUUUAAACACAUUCAGUAAUUCCUUGACCAAUACUACAAGAUGUGACAUCACAUCAGACACAAUUAAUUAAAGUUUGCGCAAUGCAUUAUUGUCAGAAUAUUCAUGUUAUUAUCUAUUUGAUUUUCUAUCCACAGAUGCUAAGAUAUUUUUAAUAUGAUGUAGCAAUGUUAGUUUAAAGAGUUGGAGUCAAUUACAAUGUCCCUCUUUUUUGACAAUACACCAUCUAAUUAUAGACAAAAAUGUUUAGUUGUAAAAUUCAGAAGUAGUUUAUGUUAACCAAAUCUAUUCUUGUAGUUUAUGUUAGUCGAACUGUUCAUAUUUGUCCCUACUAAUGCCUAUUUAAUUGUACCGAUAAAUGCAAAGAAGAAAUGUUCACUAUAUCCACAUAAAACAUCUGGAUUAAAGGUAAGUAGUCCAAGGUCGGGUGCAAGCCGAGGUCAGUUUGUUUCGAGCUUUCCUAUUAUUCAGUGUGAGCCUGUGAAUAUGAAUACAUGUGUAGUCAACACCGAACUUAUUUGUGUGUAGUGAUCACCGCCCUCGUGCUCUUACAUAUAUUUAGCAAAAUUUGGAUUCAGGGAAGCUCUUUUUCCUUGCAUAAACAGAAACUUGGUAGCUUGAUAUUAUGUUGGUUGCAGACAUUGCAAACAUUCAUCGCAUGUGAGAUACUCAGUCGGCCUUUUAUUAUUACAUUACAUUGGCAUUCAGACCACAACACUUGUCUCAGUUUGAACCAGAGGGAGAAACCUUCUGUAAAUAUCUUUGCACAAAUUGUUUAUAUUUUCCAAACUCAUUUACAUGACCCUUCAAACAUGACAUUUUAACAGUUCUUUGCCACAGAAACUUGCUAAUAGUCAUAAUUUGCUGCAAAUGAAAUACGUAUAGUAUCAACAUUCACUUAGUUUGAGUUUCAUAAAAGUCGCAGGUCCUGAUCAAACGAGCAAGACUUAUUGAUGCAAUUUCUAUUCACACAUGUAUCUUUAUGUAUUUCUCAACUGCAUAAUAAUUGUUAGCACUAAACUGUCACCAAAAAAAAAGGCAAGCUACUUCUUGCAGCUUAUGGGCUGGUGUAAGAAGUUAAUACUUAUUGUUAUUCUCUUUAAGGUUCCACUUCUUGUAUGUUUUUUUUCAGUAUUGUUGAUCACCAUUGAUGUCUUAUGAAAGAUAUAUAUAAAAGGUAACACUCAUGCACUAGUUUACUUUGUUAUGCACUAGUUAUUAUUCAUAUUUAUUCUUCUACUGUUUGGAUAAAUCUUUAUGUCACUGAUAUUGAUGAUGUUGUGUGCCAUCAGUAUAUAUAUAUAUAUAUAUAUAUAUAUAUAUAUAUAUAAAAUCUGAAUUUUGAAAAUAAACUGUUCUACAUCAUA